AUGUCCUCAACCUUCACUGUUACUGAUCUCAACGAGAAGCUACACUUUGGGGAGACCGCACUAUCCGAUCAAGACUACGGCUGUAUCGGCGACAGAAUCCCCAACCUGUGGUAUCCUGAGAGUCUUCAGCUCGCACUCUCGGGUGUCGAUGAGUCAUCCGGCAUGGACUCGAUCAAGGUUAUCUCUGCCUAA